UUUUUAUCAUGCUCAUGGCGUAAUAGUCUAUCGUGGUUGUAUAUAUCUGCUAGCGGAUGCGUAUCAGAAAGGAAUGACGACAUUCAAGUUCUUAAAGCAUGGGUUAAUCCGCCUAAAUUCUCUCGAAUAUUCACAAUUGUUACAGCAUGGCCUCUUUACUCAUGCAAAAAAUCCCCUUUGGUGAACAACGUAAAGGACAAGCGUCGGUCGUUUUUCAAUUUACCCGUCUUGUAUCGUCAACUUAAUCGGUGAAUGUUAGCGACGACAAUUCUCUCUUCAAGAAUGGCGAACCCAGGCUUCUGAUGUACUCUGCCUCAACCUUUACGCAAAGCUUCUUCAUCAAACAUUUUUUUGUCUCAUAAAACCAACUAAGUUAAGGCAAGUGCGGUGUUUGAAGAGUCCGCCAUCAAAUAGUAUUCCUUUUCACGAUUAGUGACCCGCACGUUGAAAGAAUCUACGUCGGCCACCAUUGGCUGAAUGUAUUUUGUACAUAUGACUCAUUUUGCUUAUUUAGCAGGUGUUUCGUUGAAGAUAAUUAAAAAUAAAAAUAUGUGAUCUCAAUGCGGCGUGUGUGUCGAUGAUGUAACUCGGUAAAAAUUUAUGUAAACAUCGGCUGGUUUUUUUUUGUGCGUUUAUAAAACUCCCUGGCGAGUUUUCUGGGUUCUUUGGAAACAGUUUGAAAGGAUUCUGGCCGAAGUGAAUGUGCUUUGUACGCUCGAGAAAGAAGCAAAGUUGAUUCCAUUGAUUGAUCAUCUUGUACCUAUUCAUGCAUCUUACGCUCAGGACAGUAGUCGAGGAAACACGGUGAUCUGUCUUAAAGCAGAUGGUCGUGAAGAAACAUCGUUGGAUCUACAAAUUCUUAUACCCGAAAGCCAAUUGAAGAAAUGCUCGGAGUGUUAUGUACAAUGGAAGGAUAUUCAAAGUGGAAAAGUUUGGGCUUUGAAUUUCUUGUCGGAACAAGAGGCACUGGAGUUCCUUUCUUUUUGUGAGGAUUCGCCUCUGAACAUAUCUUCCGGAAUAAGUAGCCAAUCGUUGAACCGAAAAUCUACAUCAAGCUCGUCGCUCAACCAGAAAGAUCUUCAUUAUAAAUCUAUUUCAAAAGAUUAUUCUUCGCAAUCUCCCAAUUAUAGUCCCAACAUGCCUCAUAGGGAGACGUUCUUCAAUAGUUUACCGCGGAAGUCCUCUCGAAGUCGAUGUAAAGGGGAAACUGGGACCGAUAGUGGCGUGGGCGACGAGGACAUGCAUGAACGCGCCCGCGAUGAUUUGGGUAUCACAGAGAUAAGCUAUUUCCGAGAAAUGGAGGUAUUUCACAGUCCUCGAGGCAACAACUUUUUGCAUCAAGAAAAUACAAGAAUCGAUGAAAAUGUGCGCUGUGAGACGACGGAUAGUAUUUUUUCCGGCGGUCUUCGUAAAUCUGGAUGGUUGUCCAUGAAGCAUCUCUUGAUACGUGGUCGGGGUGGAAGGGUCGAACAGGCCAACAACAGAAAGUGGAAGAACUACUGGGUGAUCUUGAAGGACGAGGAGCUGAACCUUUGUCAAUGUGACGAGAAAGAUGCGGGGGCUAUAGACAUGCGCAGUCCGAGUGUUGUCGUCAAGAUUGGCGGCUGUCUGGUUCAAGCUAUUCCAGAACACGUGAAACUUGAGAAUGUUUUUGGCCUUAGUACGAAACAUGGAGACGCCUAUUAUUUUCAGGGUUCAUGCCACUCGGAAGUUGACGGCUGGAUCUCCAGCAUUCAUUCAGCAUCCGCUGUGCAGUUUUCCGGCAGGCGCAACCAGGAACAGACCAGUUCGCUUCUCAUUUCGAGGCUGCAGAAGGUUCACGAAAGCAUGGAGUCGGAUUGCAAGAUCAAAAAGAUGGCCGAGCUGCAGUUGACUGUUGUCACUGAUCCCAAGAAUAAACAAGUCAUUACAGAACAGAUCGCAAAAUGGGAGCAGAAUUUUGAGAAGUUAAGCCUUGAUUACUACCGACUACAGUGUUACCUGUCAGCGGUCUCUGGACGCGCACCUCCAAAUCCCCAAAAUGUCCUCACAUCAGUAUCAAAAAGUACUAAGCAGAAUAUGUCACGGCUUGGAGUAUUUUCUGUCAUCUCGUUUCACUCUCUUGUUUCAUGCCGCGCAAUUACAAACUCACAUCUGGGGACUGGGAAUAGAAUCAAAAGAUCUAAAACUACUGCAGGGGGUUAUGGUCGACUGAAAUCUGCAAUUUUGUCCUCAUUAAAAAUCACGGACCCUUCGACAAGUUCGAAGAUUCGCGAAAAAUACUCUCCUAAACUAUCUCGAAAGAAUAGCGAUGCUGACCGGCCAGACGACCCGUCAAUUGUCUUGGACAUGGCAGAGUGGAACCAAAUAGGAAAUUUUCUACGCGUUGAACUUCCUGGUAAAGGAAGCACGGUCGUUUCUCUGAAGGAAGACAUGACUUUCAGAGAUGCUGUAAUUGCUGUGACCAGUAAGCGACAGUUGGAUCCCGAGAUGUAUUUCAUCAUGUUUGGAAUGGAGAAGGAUUCUCAAAUAGAGUACUACACUCCUCAAGAGCAAGCGUUUAUUGAAGACCAAAAUUUCAGUGUGUUGAAACUUUGCAAAAAAAGCGAGUUUACGGUUCAGCUAUCUCAGACGAUUGAGAGCUGUGACAUGGACUUCGGUUUGUCAGUGAAAGUCGAAGACGAACGCAUUAUAACUAGUCGCGUCCUUGAUGGAAGCACAAGUCAUUUAAGCGGAAUACUUGAAGGAGACGAGAUUUUGGCCGUAAAUAAUGCUGAAAUCAAAGACGCCUACGAAGACAUCAUUGAUUUGCAGAGUUCUCUGACAGAGCCCUUCAUUUCUUUGAAACUUCGUUCAAUGAGAGAAGAGGUUCCCGAGCAAAUAAAGAAAACAACGGAAAGCAUUAUUAGUACAUUGGUUUGCCCACCACCACCGAGAACGAGCUCGAAAGAAUAUCUUGAUCUUUCGGAACUAAUAGUUCCUCCGCCAGAUUUAGACGAUUUUUCCGACAUGAAAGGAACGUAUUCUCGCGAUUCGUUUUCUUUCGAAAAUGACUGUGCUUCAGUGAGCGAGUUGUUACAGACAGCUGAAGAGGUGACGUCGUUUUGUCGACAACACGAUUUCCUACGAGAAAUGGAAAAGCAAACUGAUCUCUCGGACGCCGAAAAAUUGCGAAGAAUCGUUCUGGAGCUCGUUCAGACGGAGAAGAAUUACCUCAAGGAUGUGCAAACGCUGCUGAAACGUUAUCUGGAGCCUUUAAAACACGAGAAAUUUUUACCCGAUGAAGAGGUCACAUCCUUGGCGGAAAAUACGUCUGAGAUUAUCGAAUUCCAAAGUGAAUUUUGUUUCGAAAUACAGCAGCUGAUCGAUGGUGAAGAAAAUUUUAACAACAUGAACGAUGUCGAAGAUUUUCAGAAUGUCAUCUAUGGCAUCGGUGAAGCAUUUCUACAAUAUGCCGACAAGUUCAAGCUGUAUAGUUCAUUUUGUGUAACGCAUUCUAGGAUUAUGCACAUGUUACAACCAGGCACCAAUGAUGCUCUAGAAGAAUUUUUGAAUGCUAGAAACCCGAAACAACAGCAUUCAAGUAAACUCGAGUCGUAUUUAAUCAAGCCAAUUCAGCGUGUGUUGAAAUAUCCUUUACUCAUGAAUGGAAUGUCGAAGCUAUUGAUUAAAGAUAGUGAGGAAUUUAACUGUCUAAAUGAAGCAAUUAAUGCCCUGGAAAAUGUCGCACGACACAUCAACGAUAUGCAAAACGUUACCGAGAGAUUUUUACCCAUCUUUCAAGACUUGGCAAAGAACACUUCAGGACUUCAUGUCUCUGAUGUUGACGUCGAUAAACUUGUUUAUCAUACCGAUGUGACUUGGUUGAAUUCACCAGAGACGUUGAAAGCCUCCAGUUUGCGAUGGAGUCCCGCUCCCACGAGAAAAAUGAAGAGCGAAACUAUUGUUAGUUGUUUUGUGUUUAAAAAGGUAGCGAUACUCGUUCAACUGGAAAAACGAUUAAAGAAGAGAGAUAAAUCGCUAAAACAAUCUCUGAGAAUAUUUGAGGAAAUCAACUUCAAGACGUUGAUACCUGUUACUUCACUAACGUUGCGUGAAAAUUCUUCGAGCGAAAAAGAUCUUUUUUGCGCUUGGGAACUUGUGGAUGUAUCUAGCUCAUCUAAUGGAAGCAGUCAAUCUGAGACCACGUAUUUGUUGGCCAGCAGAACAUCAGAAGAUAGGAACGAAGCUGUUCGAGUAAUCAAAGAAGUCAUUCGUCAAAGCAUGUUGGAAGAUUCUGAAAAUUUUAGUAAACAAAAAUCAUCAUCCUCUAACAUACUAUCAACGGAUUCCAUACAUCUUUCAUUCCCAAAUGAGCUAGUUUGUAUGCGUGCCAGAUCAUUCAGCGAAUCAACAAAGGCGAGAAGCAACACGUUGGAACGACAUUAUUCCGCUUGCGAGGUCGAUAUGCUCGGUAUGAAAAGAAGAUGACAAAUCACACAAGUAUUUCGUAUUUCUUGUGAGAAUGUUACAAGACCUUGAUGUCCGUCUUUCCUAUUAAUGAAAAUGUCGUACGACACGCGGUAAUCGCUUUGUGGCAAGACUCACUUAUGAAGAAGUAUUUGUGUUCUUAUGGUAAACUUGUCACCAAAAUGCUGAGCACUAACUCGGCCUUUAAUGCCACCACCAGUGCACCACCUACGCAUCACUUAAUUCACUACUAAUGCACCACCAAUGCCACCAACAACACCAUCAAUGCACCACCAAUGCCACCUACAACAACACCAUCAAUGCACCACCAAUGCCACCUACAACAAUACCAUCAAUGCCACCUCUGUUGAACAGUUUAUGUAUAUACACACACAGCACUUUAUACCUUGAAAGCAAUAUUCCUAGUCUUGACAUGAGCAUUUUCCUUUUUAUACAGUUGUAGUUGGAGUAAUACACCAUGAUAACAAAUACAUCCCAAUUAUUGUAAGUAAAUUUACCUUCACUAUUCACUUUAAAUACACUAAUAAAUUCAUAAAUAAGACUUAA